CGCAGCUCGAGAUCUUGUCGGUUGGCAGUUGCCAAGAGAAGCACAGGCGAAGACGACGAUGAACAUGCUGCGCGCCUGUCUUGGCAUCAUGCUGGUCAUGAUCCACAGCGCGGUGGGCGGCCACGACUGCGGCCACGACGAGCUCAUGGAGCGCUUCCUCGCCGACGUCGAUGCGUCGACGCUGCGCAGCCCGCAGAACCUCGUGUCGUCGACAAGUCGCCGCCUCGACGGCGACGCCGUCGCCAGCAGUCUCUUCAAUCCCAUUCGCAUCUCCUUCGACACGUCCAAGCUCUUCAGCGAUCCGGGCUACCUCUGUGCCAACGUCGGCGACGUCGUGAGCCGCGACGGGUCGAGCUACACGUGUGCGCCCAACGACGUCUUGACCUCGGACAAGCGCAGCUUCAUCACCAACGUGCUCCUGCCUGCGAUCACGUCGUACUUUUCCAAAGUGCUCUCGGUGCAGUCGGUCUCGGGCAACCUCGUCGUGCCCGGCAUCGGGUGCGGCUCGAAUGGGCAGUGGGCCUGCUGCACCAACUCGAUGCCACCGUACUUGGCAUCGACUGGCAUUGCCAAAACGGACUUUCUCAUCCACGUGACGGCCCGCCCCACGUCCGGCGCCGUCCUCGCGUGGGCGCUGCCGUGCAACCUCGACCAAUACGGCCGCCCGAUCUCGGGCCAAGCCAACUUUGGCCCCAAUCGGCUCGAUGCGUCGAGUGCGGCGCGGUCGCAGCAAGUCGGCACAGCGCUCCACGAGAUGACGCAUGCGCUGGGCUUUUCGUCGUCGCGGUUUCCCGACUUUCGCCAGCCGCUCAACGGCGCGCCGUGGGGCGCGGGCAACAUCGUGUCCAACACGCUCGAGCGCGGCGUCGCCGUCUCCAAGAUCAUUACGCCCAAGGUCGUGGCGGCCGUCAAGCAGCAAUUCAACUGCUACAACUGGGUCAACGCCGGUGGCGAGCUCGAGAACGGAGCCCAGGGCACCGCGGCCACGACCACGAGCCACUGGGAGAAACGUCUCUUCCAGAACGAGUACAUGACGGCGACUGCAUCGGCGACCCCGGUCUUCUCAGCGCUCACACUCGCGCUCUUUGAAGACAGCGGGUGGUACACGGCCAACUACUCGAUGGCAGAGGCGCUUGCGUGGGGAUACCUUGAAGGCUGCACGUUCGCCACGGCCAAGUGCUCCGAGUGGAGCAGCGACUACUUCUGCAGGGCCAAGGGCGACCGCUGCACGCCAACGCGCGACGCCAAAGGCUACUGCAACAUUGCCACGUACACGUCGAGCAUCCCGGCGGGGUUUCAAUACUUCGGCAACGCGGCGCUUGGCGGUCAAGACACGUACGCAGAUUAUUGCCCGCUCAACGCUGGCUACAGCAACGGCGGCUGUGCCAACCUCGGCACGUAUGUGACGCCAAACAUGGGUGAGAUCUUGUCGCCGUCGAGCCAGUGCUUUCAGUCAACGCUGUCCACGUCUGGCACCCGGACGUCGACACCCGUGUGCUAUCGUGUCGAUCGGUGCACGAAGACCGCGAUGCUUUUGACCGUCGGCACCACCCAAGUGUCGUGCCCCAUGGCUGGCGGCGCCGUGUCGGUCCCCGGGUACUCGGGCUCGCUCAGUUGUCCGCCAGCGAAUGCCAUUUGUCAGCGGCUCCAGAACGAGUGUUCGGGCGCCGGCGUUCUACAAACCGACGGCUCGUGCGUCUGCCACCCUGGCUUCAACGGUGCCGACUGUUCGCUGCUUAACUGCCCGACGGCCAAUGGCGCCACAUGCGCUGGCCAGGGUACGUGCGACGGCAGCACGGGGCAGUGCACCUGCAAGCCUGGAUACACGGGUCUGGCAUGCUCGCUUCUUGUGUGCCCGGGCAUCAACGACCUCAAGUACAAUGCUGCCGAGUGCUCGAACCACGGCACGUGCAACGCGGUUGCUGGCACGUGCACCUGCCACGCUGGGUACUCUGGCAAUGCGUGUGAAUGCGUCCCGGGCUGCCCUGGCUGCGGCGCGAACGGCAGCUGUGACUGCAGGACAGGGUCGUGCGUCUGUAACAGUGGGUACUAUGGCACAUCGUGCCAAACCAACCAAAUGCCUCCUAUUACAACGCUCGAGCUCGGAAACGCCACUGCGUUCCAAGGGUUCGUGGCAGCCAAGAGCUAUCAAUUCUUCCGGGUCCAGCUCAAUUCGAGCUCGUCCGACGUGACGGUGCACGUGGUCACGACCCGUGGCGACGCGGAUGUCUACGCUUCGUUCGUGACGCCAACGCCAAGUGUUGGCAGCUUGCGCGCGUCGACGUUCGUGAGCGACGCCAACCGCACCGACGGCAUCGACGCCAUCACGCUCUGUGGGACCCUCGGCGUCUUUCCCCGGGGCAUCAACGACACGUUUCACUUUUGCCGCCAGCCCAACACGCAGUUCGUCCAAGGUGCCCCGGGGUACCUCUACAUUGGCGUGUUUGGGUUCGCCGCCUCGCGCUUUACAAUCGCCGUCAAGCUCAACAAGUGCUCGAGCGAGAGCUGCUCCAACCACGGCUCUUGCGGCAAGUAUUACGCCGGUGUGUGCGCGUGCGAUCGGUACUGGACGGGCGAUGCGUGCAACUUGCCCCAGUGCCGGCCCGACUGUGUCGACUUUGACAAUUGCCCGGUACCAGGAUCCUCGACGCCCGUCGGUGUUGUCUCGAAAGGGCUGCGCAGCACAACCGACUGCUACGGCAACGGCGUCUGCACGGUCCAGACCAACGCGGAUGGUGUCGACCAGCCGACCUGUGUCUGUGACCCGGCGUACCACUACGACCGCCCGAAUGACGCACAGAGUCUCUGCAAGGUCCCGAUCCCGUCCAUUUCGUACGUCGAGCACUACAACAGCUCGUUCGUGGUCUAUGCGCAGUCGUUGGACGAGCAGGUGGACAUUGGGCAAUGGGCUCUCUAUACGAUCAACGUGCAGCCCAGCUGGAAUUAUGUCCAUGUCCAGCUCGACGCGGCCUCGCUCACUAGCGACGCACUGGUACUGGUACGAAAAAACACACUGCCGUCGCUGGACGUGACGCACCCGUACCCGGUCCAAGCGGCCGAUGCCCACGCGUGGGCAUCGCAAGCCGGCACCCAGCGCAUCUUGCUGACGCGCGCGGCGUCGACACUUAGCGAUGGCCUUCUCUAUAUCGGUGUCUACAACACCCUCUAUGCACGGAGCUCGCUGGCCUUUUCGCUCAACGUCCAAGCCAACAGCAGCUGCGUGAACGCAUCGCGCGUAUGCCCCGCGGCGACGUCGACGUGCUCGCCCGCCCUCGAUGGUCUCUGUGCGUGUGCGACCGGCUACGGCGGAGCGUUUUGCGACCGCGGACCCAUAGCCCACCGUCGAGUGUGGCACAACGCGUCGGCGAUCAAUAUCUCAAUCCAACUCCACCCUGGAAAGUGGACGUACCUCACACUGGAUGUCCCCGAUCCCGACGUGGCGUUCAUCAAGGUGCAGCUGAGCAACAUUGACGAUGCGAUGCCGCUUCUGCUCGUGCGGGGACCUCUUGAAACGGGUUUACCGGCGCUCGACCUCGGCGCUUCCUUUGAUUUCGACGGCAUGGCCGCUGGUGCCACGUCGCAGACGGUCGUGGUGCCUGUCUCGACGGCGUGCAGCGGGCCCACGUGCUACAAGAUUGCCGUCUACAACAAGCGGUUCGCGGCCGAUAUCCUCCACGCACAGCUCUUGGUGCAGCCUUUGGCAGCCCUCUCCGAGGUGUACCCGUCCUCGACUUGUGGCGGCAACGGCGAUGUGACCCUUUGUGGUGGUCGAGGGACGUGCCUCGACAGCAAGGACGGUCCGAGCUGCAGCUGCAAGAACGGCUGGCACGGACUCACGUGCGAAAGCCCGAAUCCCAUGGAUAUGGGCGCGCUGUGGUAUGCAUCCGAGAACGCGUCGUUGCUCUGCAGCGUGUGUACGUCAACAUUUUCCCUGCCCAACGAUGGCGGCGCUCUCUUUACGCUGCCGCAGUCGAUGCAGCCCAACACGGGCAUUCAGCUGCGCGUGACCAACCUCGAUGGCGUCUCCCCCAGCGUCUACGUGGCCGAGGUCCCGCCGCGGUCGAUCUAUGACUUUAGCCUCGUAUCGUUUUCGAAUGGGACGGAGGAAGUCGUGCAGCUGCUCAAUGAGCCGCUUUCGGGCCAGUUUUGGGUCCUCGUGUAUUCGGAGGCGCCCAUUGCGAUGAGCACAAGCAACGCCAGUGUCUACUCGCGCUUCCAGAUUGCAGCAUCGCUCGUUGCACGCAACGGCAGCAGCGCCGCGAACGCGUCGAUCACAGCCAGCGGCUUCCUGCCGUCCGUCAUGCAGUGGCUCACGACGACACCGGCCGGCAUCACAGUCUUCACGAUGCUCCUCAUCUUCUUGGCGCUCGUCGUUGGGUUCUUCGUCUACCGCAUCUUUCGGUCGCCCGACAACCAGGACGGCGCAAUUCGCAGCAUUGCACACGACAUUCCCGUGUCCAGUCGCCCCGUGGUGCCAAGUCCUGCGACAGAAGCCCCCGACUCGCCCUUGCACAACGCCGGUCGCAACGAGUCGGCGUCCGAUGGUGGCCGCCGCCGGUCCAUCGACAUUGAGCUCGCCGAGCACCCCCACUUGGCGCAGCUGUAAACGAGCGCAUGGUCCCAGGACGGUGCCAUUCGCGGCGGUAAACAAGUGCAAUAUGGCUGCAGAAUGCGUCGCCGAUCGUACUUCUUCAAAACACGACCAAGGUUCCUCCUUGUUUGUCAUCACUCGAGC